UUGAAAAUGAUGGUGCAGGAAGACGUUCCUACUAUACUACAAGAGUUUGUACAAGCUCGAGUAAUAAAUCAAAAUAUGCUUAUAAAUUUGAUAAUUGAACAAGGACCAAAAGGAGUGGCUGGUAAACUGUUUUAUGAAGAUGGUAUUAAAUUGGAUGAAAACAAAGAAAUUCGAAUUGAAUUUCUCAAUAUUUUAAAAAUUGAUCAUCUCUGGGUAAUGCCAAAUCUUGUCAAAUUAAAAUUAUCUAAUAAUAUUAUCGAAAAAAUAGAGAAUCUAGAUGUUCUUGUUAAUUUAAAGGAAUUAGAUCUUUCUUUUAAUCACAUAAGAAUAAUGGAAAAUUUAAAUAAUUUAACAAAAUUGGAAAUAUUACUUCUAUUUAAUAAUGAAAUUAAUGAAAUAGAAGACAUAGAUAAUUUAUACAAUCUUACAAUUUUUAGUAUUGGUAAUAAUGCUAUAGUGGAUUGGAAACAUACCUUGAAUACCUUAGCAGAAACUGAAAUGAAGGAAAAACAAGAAUUGGAUGCAAAAAAUGAAUAUGAAAAGAAAUUAGCUUUUCUUACUACUGCAUAUGUAGAACAUCUUGAUGGAGAUUAUCUGUUUCUUCAAAUGUUUGAAAAUGACAAAGAGGGUAAAGAACUAUCUAUGGUAAAUGAAGAUACACAAAAUGCUUUUGAACAAUAUAAAAUAAACUUUAUUACUAUAUGUGAAGAAUUAUGUGAAAUAGGUAUAAAAGAAAAUGACAAACGAAUGGGAGAAAUAAAUGUUUUUAAUACUGCUGUAAAUGAGGGUAAAACUGCUUCACAAAAUCAAGGCAGAAUAAUUGUGAAUGGAGUAUUACAAAGAAAAACUGUUAUUAUAGCAAGUAUUAAACAAUUACUAAAAAAAUUGGUUGGUGAUGUAGAUAUUACUACAUUGGAAGAUAUAAGUCAAAAAGCACAACAAUUCUCUGAAGAAUUUAAUGAUAUGAUAACUGACGCAUGGACAAAAUUAAUGUCUAUUGAAGUAGAAUUGCAUGAACAAAUAGAGGAUAUUAGUGAAGUAUUUAGAAUGAAUCUUUCUGACAUGGUGGAUGCUUUUUUGACAAAUGUACGAGGAUAUUUUUCACAAUUACGUAAUUGCGAGGCAGAAUAUAAUGACACUGUUAAUGGGGCAAUUUUAUACUACCUUAGUGGUUUUGGAGAUGAUACAAAAAUGCCACAACAUAUGCUAAAUUUAUGUGAAGAUAAAGACAUGUUAAAUUACAAUCUUAACAAUUCUCAUGAUAAACAUUUGCAAGUAAUAGAUACUCGAGAAGAUACUAUGUUAAAUAGAGUAAAAAAUUGGCUUGAAGAGUAUAGUGAACAAUUAAUAAAGUAUGAGAGUGAAAGAAAUAAUCAGCAAAUACUAGAAACCUCACAUUUUGCAGAUUCUCAACAACAAGAACUUUUACAAUUAUUACAACAAUUAAAUUUAAAUGUUAAUGAUUCAGAAGUUAUAUUAGCACUUGAUACAUAA